CUGAAUACAAGGUCUAUAAAAGACGAUAUGCGAUAUUAGCGAUAUUCACGUUGUACUCCGCAUGUAAUGCCAUGCAAUGGAUACAGUACAGUAUUAUUAACAACCUGGUCACAAAAUAUUACAGUGUUAGCGACAAAUGGGUCGACUGGACAUCUAUGAUUUACAUGUUUCUUUACAUUCCAAUGGUUUUUCCUGGUAGUUGGUUUUUGGACAAAAUGGGUCUACGUAUUACAGCUAUAGUUGGUAUUGUGGGCACCUGCAUUGGCUCUUGGAUAAAAGUGUUUUCAGUUGAACCAGAUUUAUUUUAUGUUACAUUCUUGGGGCAAUCUAUUGUUGCACUUUCACAGGUUUGCAUUUUAUCACUUCCAGCGCGGCUUGCAGCAGUUUGGUUUGGACCGAAUCAAGUUUCUUCAGCUUGCAGUGUUGGUGUUUUUGGAAAUCAGGUAAGUGAAGCAUUUAGAAUAUUAAUUUUU